AUGAGAAAAACGUCUCUAAAUAAAAAAAGAAAAGGAAGUGAUAAAUCUUCUUCAAGAAAAAAUAGUUUACAAGAAACAUUCGACACAAAUAGUUCUAUUAACGAGAAAGCGCAUGAUAGUUUAAAUGAUGAAGCAACUAAUUUAGAAAAACCAGAAGAAAGUACAAAGAAUUUAAAUGAAAUAAAUAAUAAUAUAAAAAAUGAAGAUAAUGAGGAGGAUAUAAAAUUUUUAAUUGAACAUAUAGAUUUUCAACACUUUUGUAAUAUAAAAAAGAAGGAAAUUGCGCAUUGUAAGAAUAAAAAAAAUGAUGAUAAUAUAAAUGAUGAUAAAAUAAAUAAUAGUAAUAAUCAUAGUAACCAUUGUAACAAUAAUAAUAUUAAUGAUGAUAUGGAAUGUAAGAACAAUCCUUUAAACAUUAUUGGAAAAACAUAUGAUUAUUUAAGAAGAAAAAAUUUUAAAUCAGUACAUUUAAAGAAAUUAGAAAAUUAUCAAUAUUUUGAAAAAAUAUUAUGGCCUUAUUAUAAUAUGUAUGAUAAAUUCUAUGAAUUAAAUAAUAACAACAUAUUUUUUCAUUCGAAUGAUGAAUUAAAUAAUAAAAAGAAUGUACAUUUAAAACAUUUAUUAUCUAUCGUAAUAUUUCUUUGUUAUAAAUAUGAAGAAAAGGGGAAGCAUGAAAUCUGGGAACAAUUAAUAUAUAAUAAAAUUGAUGAAUUUGAAAAAUUAGUAUAUAAUGAAAAGAAUGGUUUAAAUGGAAAUACAAACAUUUUUAAUAUUGAUGAGAAAUAUAAUUUAUAUAAAGAAUUUCUUAUAGAAAAAUUUAAUAAUUUAUUUUUUAAUACACUCAAGUUAAUAAAUUAUAAUUUUGUUAUCAGUGAAUUUUUAUCAUCUCAAUUGAAAAGUAACAAAGAUGAAAUAUUGUUGGAGAAUUUGAAAAGAUAUAGGGAAAAAUUAUUUAAAUUAAAUUUUUUAGAAAAAAGUUAUAUAUUACAAUUUUUUAUUAAUAUUUAUUCUAGUAUAGAUAAGAAAUUUCUUUUUAAAUUGUGUGUAGAUUUAUGUAAUCCAUUUAUUUGGAUAUAUAUUAAUGAAACCUAUUUAAAUAACUUUCUAUUUAAAACAAAUGAAGAUGCAAAGUUGUUAUAUAAUAAUAUAUUAAAUGUUAUGAAAAGGAAAUAUCACAAUUAUGAAAAUUAUGAUCUUUUAUCAAUAUAUACUAGUAACUGUCUUAUGGAUACACAAGAAGAGGAACAUAAUAUAAGAAAUCAAGAUAAGAAGAAAAGGAGAAAAUCAUCUACAAAAAUUAAUGAUAGUAUUCAAAAUGAAGAAAACAAAUUUUCUUAUGAUGAAAAUGUUAUAUUAUUUAUAAAUAAAAAUGCAUUUUUCUACAACCUUAUAAAUUAUUUUCUAUUAGUUUUAGAUUAUGUAGAAAGCAAUAAUUUCGAUGAUGAAAAUGAUACAGAUAUUUUAUCUGAUACAUCAGAUGGUGAGAAUGUAUUUGAUAAAAUGAAUAUUUUUGAAAAUGAUGAUGAUAUAUUAUAUACCUUUGAUGAUAAUAAGAAAAUUGGUACACAACUAUUAGAAAAAUUAAAAAUAAUAAAUGAAAAUAUCACAGAGGAAGAUAAUACAAUUUCAUAUUUAGAAAAUAUGGAUAUGCUACUAAAAUGUGAAAACAAAAUUUAUGAUGAAAAGUAUAAUAAGAAUACAAAUGUGUCCUUUAAUUUUGAGUUACAAAAUAAAGAAGAAAAUGUUAUAAAUGAUUAUAAAUAUUUUUCUAGUGAAGAUGAUUUAUAUGAAUAUAAUAAUAAUAAUAAUAAUAAUAAUGAACAUUAUAUGAAAGAUGAAAUAUUAAACAUAUUUUCAAAAUAUGAAAAGAAAGUUAAAGAUAUGAAUAAUAAAGAAUAUAUAUAUAGAAAAAAUAAAGUUCCCAAAAAAGAUACAUGUACACAAAAUAAUAAUAAAUAUAUUUUAUUAUUUAUUGAAAAGUGUAUUGAGUUUUUUAUCGAUUUAUUAAGUCAACUUUAUUCUAGACGAAUAUUAUAUAUCUUUUUAAAAUAUUUUAAUGUAUUUAUUUAUUGUAAGAUAUCGAAAUUGAAUAAACACAACAGACAAUUCAAAGAAUUAAUAAAAUUGUUUAAAUAUUAUAUGGAAAUGUAUAUAGACAAUUUUUCAGGGAAUCCAUUAACAUAUUUAGAAAUUAAUAAUGAACAUUAUAAAAACUUUGAGUCCUUCCAAAUAUUUUGUUAUAAAUAUUAUAAGGAUCAUAAUAUUUUAAAAAAUUAUUAUUUAAAAUCUGUUUAUGUAAUGGACAAAAAAAAAGAAAUGUGGGAAAAUCUAACCAAAUUAGAUAACAAUGUGUUAUCUUUUUUAUGUCAGAAUUUGAAAUAUGUAAUCAAAAUGGAUACAUAUAUUGAGGAUGAUGAAAGUAUGAGUGAACCGAAAAAAAAGGCGAGCAUCACCAGUGAUACAGAUAUGAAUGAUAAUAAUAAUAAUAAUAAUAAUAAUAGUAGUAGUAGUAGGGGGGGAAAAAAAGGAAGAAAGGGAAUUAAUAAAAGAAAUGAAGAAAAAAUCGAAAAAAAACGUGAAAGUAAAGUGGAAAAAAAUACAGAAGAAUACAACUGCUACAAUAAAAAUAAAUAUAAUUAUUUAUUUAAUCAUUUAAAUUUAUUUCAUGAAAAGAAGAAAAUAUUUUAUAUUAUAUUAUUAAUUGAAAAUUUAAGUUUUAAAAAAAACAUAUUUGAAGAAAUUGAAAAAAAAUGUGACUAUCCAAAUGAAAUGGAUUUAUUUGAUAAUAUAAUAAUAGAUUCUAAUGAAGACAUAAAAAAUAAAACUAAUGAAAAAAAAAAAAAAAAAAAAUAUGUACUUUAUACAAAACCAUUAUUUAAAUUAAAUUUACAAUAUUUAUGUAUAAAUGAUUAUAUUUUUAGAAUAUAUAAUUUAUUCAAAUUACAAAGUUAUUAUGAUAUAAAGAAAAAUAUUUUAGAAUAUGUUUAUGAAACGAAUCCAAAAAAUAAAAAGGUAAAUGAAAGUACUAUAUUAAAAUAUGUAUAUGAAAUUGAUGAUGAUAAUAUAGAUUAUCAUAAUAUGAAUGAAAAAGAAUAUAAAAAAAGAAAAUCUAAUAAUGAUAUAGAAGAAAAUGAUGCUAUUCUUGAUGAUGAUAAUCAUAUAAAUAAAAAUACAUAUAAUGAAUAUCAAUUAAAAUCUAUUAUUGUUGAUAUUAAUAAAAUAGAAAAUACCUAUUUUGCGAAUGAAAGGAGAAUGAGUAAUAAAAUUGAUUCAUUCAAAAUUAUUAAUGUUGAUGAUGAUAAUAAAAAAGUGACUGCAGAAAUAAUUAUUGAUUUAAGAUAUAAACAAUAUGAAAGAAUAAAAAAUGAAUGGAAUAUGAUUAGAUCUUCUGAUAUAUUAUUUCUUGUUUCUGUGAGAAAUUAUAGUAACUUAUAUAAAAAUAAAUUAAAUGUUAUAAAUGAUAAUGAUAUGAAAAAAUUAUUAGGUAUUAAUUAUGUUAGAGGUUGUGAAGUAGUAAAAUAUGCUAAUAUGGGCAAUGAUGAUGAAGAUAUUAAUAGUAAAAAAUGUACCUUAAAAAAAAUUACAGUAUAUUUAGAUUAUAUACAAUAUCAAAAAGAUAUUCUAAAUAAUCCAGACAUAUAUGAAUCCUUUAAUCUUUUAAUAAGAAGAAAACAAAAGGAAAAUAAUUUCUAUUACAUUCUAAAUAAUAUUAAGACAUUAAUUCUCAAUCCUGAUGAUGCAAUAAUACCUCAUUGGGUGCAUGAUAUAUUUUUGGGUUACUGUGAUAGUUCGAUAAAAUAUUACGACGAAACAUUGCAUAAGGUUUAUCAUCCUGAUAAGGAUGAAGAAAUUGAAGAAGAUGAAAGUGACAGUGAUAAUAAUAGUGUUGAAUACCAAACAGGCAGCGACGAUAAUAAUAAUGAUAAUUAUAAUAAUGAUAAUUAUAAUAAUGAUGAGGACAAAACUGAUAGUGAUAAUAUUACAGAUAAUGAUGAUCGUAAUAAAUGUAAUAGUUCAAACGCAAGCGAUGUUUUAUCAAAUGAUGAUGACACACAAUCAUCCAAAUCUUUAAUUAAAAAUAAAUAUUUUUACAAUAAAACUCUUUUCAAUUUUAUAAAAAGAAAUGUAGAUGAUAUUAAUUACUUGAAUACCUUUUUGAAUAUAGGACAUAUACUUAAAACGACAAAUGUUGGAUAUAUGUGUGUGGAUUUGUCUUAUAUGAACAUAUUAAAUGAUAAUAAUUUUAAUGUGCAUGAUUUUUUAAAUGAAUAUAUUGAACCACUUUAUUUAAGUUAUGUACCUAUAAAAUAUGAACAUGAAAAGGAUUGUAUGAAAAGAAAUGUCUUAGAAAAAAAUAUUAUAGAAAGUUUAUUUUAUCAUAUUUGUGUAAUCAAUAAAUAUAAAAUUGAUGACACGAAUUUUGUGUCAAAGUUUGUAACAAAUAUUGAUCUUGUAUAUGAGUGUUAUAAUAAUUUUUUUGUAUUCCAAUUUGAAUUUAAGGAAAAGAAAUAUUUUUUAAUUUUUAAUAAUUUUUUAUGUAAAGAGCAAAAUGAGAAAAAUGUCGUGCAGCAAGUUGAAGAGAAUCAGUACGAAGAUGGUUCCACACAAAAAAAAAAAAAAAUAAUAAAUAAUAAUAAUAUACCAAAGAAAACAAAAAAGAAAAAAAAUAAUAAUGAAGAUAUUAAUGGUGAUCAUUUAGAUAAACAUAAUAAUGAUAAUAAUAUCCAUAAUGAUGAUGAUAAGAGUGAAGGAACCCUUGAUAACAUGACACAAAAAAAUAACAACAAAUGUGUUAUCAUUAAAGAUCAGAACAAAAUAAAAAAUAUUUAUCAUAAAGUUAUAGAAGAUUCCAUAAAAUAUCUAAGAAUUAAAGAUGGUAUAUAUCGAUUACAAAAUAAAAUAUAUGAAGAUCCAAAUUAUCCUUUAGAAGGAUUGUUAAUACAUACACAAAAAAAGAAUAGCACAAAUGUAAAAUAUAUAAAUAAUGAGAAAAAAAAAGAAAUUAUUAAGAAAAAUAUAUAUUACACUGAAAGACAAAUAGAAUGUAUAAAGAGUGGUAUAUAUAAAGGAAUAACUAUCAUUGAAGGGGUUCCAGGUAGUGGUAAGACUAGUAUCUUAAAUAAAAUUAUUAAUAUAUUAUUUAAUAAUAAAAAAAACGAAAAAAUACUUAUUUGUACCCAUAGUAAUAGUUGCUUAAAUUAUAUUUUUAAUUUAUUAGUAAAAGAAAAUGUAAUUCAUCAAAAAUAUUUAUGUAGAGUUGGAAUGGGGGAAGUAGAUUCUGAAAAUUUUAUAAAUGAAUAUGAAAUUAUGAAUGAUAAGUUAAGUAAACAAUAUAAUAAGAAAGAUGAAUAUAUGAACACCUAUGAACUUAAUAAUAUAUAUAAUUAUGAUGAUGAAAAUUUUAAUUUUUCUAAAUAUGGAAGAAUAAAUUAUAUGUUAGAUUUAAGACAAAAAUUAUUAAAUGAUGUUAAUUUAUUAUCAGAAUCAUAUAAUAACCAAAAAAUAUAUAAUUGUUUAACUGCUAAUCAAUAUUAUGAAAGAUAUGUUAAAAAAAGAAUUUACUUAUAUUUUCAAUUUGUAUAUCUUUUUAAAAACAAAUUUAACAAUGAAGAAAAGAAGGUGAAUGAAUUUUUUAAUUUAUAUUUAUCAUCCUCUCUUGAAGAUUAUGAUAUAUAUAACUUAUUUUUAUGUCCUAAGAUAUAUGUUCACAAUCAUGAAGAUAAUAAUAUAGAUGAAUUGUUAUGGAAGAAUUAUAAUAUGGAAGAAAAUAAUAAUUGUAAGAAUAUUAAAUGUAUGGAUCUAUUAAAAGAUGAUGAACCAUAUUUUUAUUUGAUACAUCCAGAAAAACAAUUAAAGGUAUUAAAUCUAAGUAUAUAUAAUAUAUUAUUUCCUUUUAAAAAGUAUAUAAAUUUAAAAUUAAAAGGAAUAUCAGUUCAAACGUAUCUAGAGAAUAAGAGCAAAUUAUAUGAUAAUCAAAAGGGAGAAUAUAAUUUACAGGUUCAAGAUAAAAUUGUGGAAACUAAUUUUAUAUCAGAUGAAAAUCAUGUUACAAAUGGAAUAAUCAAUAUGGAUUAUGAUAAUAAUGAUAAUAAUAUUAACAAUGAUGAUGUAUUAAAUGAUAAUUCGUAUAGUAACAAUAAAAAUAGUGUUGAUAUAGCUCAAAUAAAUCAUUUAGAAGAUAAUGAUAAAAAUGAAAACAUUUUGAAAAAGAAUAAAAACACAAAUCAUCCUUAUAUAAAUGAACAUGUAGACGAAAAUCAUUUACAUAUUCAAUUUCAUCAGGGUGAAGAUGAUUUAUAUGUAAGUAAAUAUUAUUUAUCAAAAUUAUUUAAAACUUUCGAACAUUUAAAAGAUUGUAGAGCAUUUGAAGUUUUAAGAAAUCAGAGAGAAAGGUGUACUUAUAUUAUUGCUAAGCUAGCUAGAGUAAUUGCAAUGACAUGUACACAUGCUAGUAUUAAUAGAAGUAAAAUAGCAAAACUACAAUUUUAUUUUGAUAAUAUUAUAAUAGAUGAAUGUACACAGAUAACAGAAAAUGAUACGUUUUUACCUUUAUUACUUCAAGAAAAUAGAUAUUAUAAAAGUAAAUUAAAAAGAAUUAUAUUUGUUGGAGAUUCAAAUCAAUUACCUCCUAUAAUAAAAAAUAAAUACAUCAAAGAUUUUGCUAAUUAUGAACAAUCUUUAUAUAAGAGAUUUUUAAGAUUAGAUUUACCAUCUAUAUAUUUAAAUGAGCAAGGUCGUAUGAGAAGUGAAAUAUGUAAUAUCUAUAAAUAUUUCUAUAGUAAAUAUAAUAUCGAAAUAUCUAAUUUAGAAUGUAUAUAUAAAGAGAAUUUUGUAAAAUCAUUCAAUCCAGGUUUUACAUAUACAUAUCAGUUUAUACAUGUACCUUCUGAAGAAUAUUCUCCUAUACCCUAUUUUUAUCAAAAUUUAUUAGAAGCUGAAAUGACGGUUGCAAUAUAUAUGUAUAUGAGAUUAAUAGGAUAUCCAAAUGAUGUAAUAACUAUUUUAACAACAUAUAAUGGUCAAAAAGAAUUAAUAUUAGAUAUAUUAAAAAAAAAUUGUAUGUAUAAUAAGUUAAUAGGUAUGCCUAAAAAAGUAACAACUGUUGAUAAAUAUCAAGGAAAACAAAAUGAUUAUAUUAUAUUAUCUUUAGUAAGAUCAAGAAGUAUAGGAUAUAUGAAAAAUAUUAAAAGAUUAAUUGUAGCUUUUUCUCGAGCAAGAUUUGGUUUAUAUGUUCUUGGUAAUUACAAUUUGUAUAAGAAAGCUUAUGAAUUUAAAAAGCCUCUAUAUUUUUUUAAAAAAAAUAAAUUACAAUUAUCUUUACAUUUAAAUGAACAUUAUUUAAACACAACAUAUAGACAUAUUGAAAAUACUUCGAAUAAUUCAUCUCUAAUUAUAAAUGAUCUCAACCAUUUUUACACAAUUAUAUAUUCCUUAUUAAAUUAUCAAUUGCAACAGUCGAACAAAUGA